AUGUGCAAUCGACAAAUGUUGCAGGCAGCUAAUGGACAACUGGCAACGCUAGCAACAACAAUUAUCAUAGAGCCUACAACAAAACUAACUAGUCAGCGUCUACUCAACGAAUACAUAUCGCACUAUGAGGAACUCAACUAUGAUCAUGAACACAUACGAACUAGUCACAAUAGAGCGAAACGAUCCGUGACCAAAGAUCAUCAUGUAGAUUUAAAAUUUUCAGCACACGGAAGAGACUUCCAUCUUAGGCUAAAACGUGAUUUAAAUACAUUUAGUGAUAAGUUAGAGUUUUAUGAUAGCAACAAUCUCCCCUUGGAUGUGUCCACCGAUCACAUUUACGAGGGCGAAGUGAUAGGGGAUCGUAAUAGUUAUGUAUUUGGUUCUAUUUUGGAUGGGGUAUUCGAGGGUAAAAUAAUAACUGAACGUGAUGCCUAUUAUGUUGAACAUGCCAAACGUUAUUUCCCGCCAACAACAACAGUAGCUACGGCAGCAGCAUUAAGUACGAAUGGUACACAAAUGCCACUGGCACAACGACGCGUUGCUGAACAAUAUACAGCAACAACUUCGACAAGCAGCACAUCAUCAUCAACAUCAAUGACAACGACGAUGAGCUCAACAACAGCAUCACCGACAACAACAACAACAUCGAGGGAAACGACGCUGAAAACAUUUACAACGUCCGGCGGAAAUGAUAAAAAUGGACAAACUGACGGCAAUCGGAAUAUUGGUUUUCAUUCUAUCAUCUACAAGGAGUCGCAUGUCGAUGAUCCUUACAAGGAGAUGCGUGAAGGACAUGUUGGCGGCUGUGGCAUCACGGAGGAAGUCUCCCAGUGGAUGGAAAGCAUACAGAAUUCUGCCGUCGAAGAGUUGCCCGAACCAAUGUCGAAUGAUGAUGUCACCCACCAAAAACAACAGCACAAAUUAACCAAACCGGCUACCGCACGCAUGACACAGACACAAGAUGUAGCGCAACAAGAGAAAGAUAAUGGCGCAUUCCCAACAAACAAGAAACACAAAAGGCCCACCACUGCGCCAACAAUAGCAACAGGAGCCGCAUCCGCGCAACAACGUCCCCCAAAAAAAUACUCAAGUUACACAGCUGGCACUGGCGCGACGACGCCAACGCCGACGACCGCGACGGCAACGAGAGGCGGCUUUGUGGCUGACUCCGCCGGUAGUGCCGUAGGCGAUGAUGAUUUCAAAUAUCCUUAUCAAAAAUACUCAAAAGAUGCAAAUUUUCGCUUCGAUGACGACACGGCUUCAACAUGGCGGACAUUUUCGCCUAAAGCUCCAGCCGAUGGCAGCGAUAGCGGCAACGGUUUCUCGGGGACAUUUUAUGAUCCGGAAACGGGACGCAAGUACACGCCCCAAAACAUGGAUCGGUCCGAGUGGCAUGCAAAGGUGCACGAACGAGUGCGGCGUGCAACCAGCGCUAAUUUGAACGGGCCGGGGGCGCGGCGUGAAGAGAACAAAAAUACCUGUUCGCUGUAUAUACAAACGGAUCCGCUGAUAUGGCGGCACAUACGCGAAGGAAUUGCUGAUCACGAUCGUGGCCGUAAAUACGAGAUUGACGUAAAGACGCGUGAGGAGAUCACUUCACUAAUCGCACAUCAUGUAACUGCCGUAAAUUACAUUUAUCGCAAUACUAAAUUCGAUGGACGAAGCGAGCACCGCAAUAUACGUUUUGAGGUGCAACGCAUCAAAAUCGAUGACGACUCCGCCUGUCGCAAUUCAUACAAUGGUCCACACAAUGCCUUCUGCAAUGAGCAUAUGGACGUGUCGAACUUUUUGAAUUUACACUCGCUGGAGGAUCAUUCGGACUUUUGUUUAGCCUAUGUGUUCACUUAUAGAGACUUCACCGGCGGUACGCUCGGCUUAGCCUGGGUGGCCAGCGCCUCUGGUGCUUCUGGUGGCAUUUGUGAGAAAUUUAAGACUUACACCGAAACAGUCGGUGGACAAUAUCAAAGCACAAAACGCUCGCUAAAUACGGGCAUCAUUACAUUCGUUAACUAUAACAGUCGUGUGCCGCCAAAAGUGUCGCAGUUGACGCUGGCGCACGAGAUUGGGCAUAAUUUUGGUUCGCCCCACGAUUAUCCAUUGGAGUGUCGGCCAGGCGGCCUAAAUGGAAACUUCAUUAUGUUCGCCAGCGCCACCUCAGGCGAUCGGCCGAAUAAUUCUAAAUUCUCGCCCUGCUCCAUACGCAACAUAUCCAACGUUCUGGAUGUGUUGGUCGGAAACUCGAAACGGGAUUGCUUCAAGGUAUCGGAAGGUGCCUUCUGCGGCAACAAAAUCGUCGAAUCGGGCGAAGAAUGUGACUGCGGUUUCAACGAAGACGAGUGCAAGGACAUUUGUUGUUAUCCGCGCAUCAUCAGCGAAUACGACCUCUCGAUGAAUAGCUCGGCGAAAGGUUGUACGCGGCGGGCCAAGACGGAGUGUUCACCUUCGCAAGGUCCUUGUUGCCUCUCGAACUCAUGUCAGUUCGUGCCAACCAACUACCAUCAGAAGUGCAAAGAAGAAACGGAAUGUUCCUGGUCGAGCACAUGCAACGGCACCACUGCCGAAUGCCCGGAGCCAAAGCCGCGCGACGACAAAACGAAGUGCAACAAUGGCACUGCGCUCUGCAUACGCGGCGAGUGCUCGGGCAGCAUUUGUCUGCUGUGGAAUAUGACUGAGUGUUUCCUCACCUCACAAGCGGUGCCGCAAGUCGACAAGCGUCGACUGUGCGAGCUUGCUUGUCAGAAUGGUAACGAUAGUGGUACUUGUCGCAGCACUAGUGAAUUUGCUCAUCGGGUUGGUCUGCCGGAAGGCGGCAUUAACUUAAGGCCCGGUUCGCCAUGUGAUAACUUCCAGGGCUACUGUGAUGUGUUUCUUAAAUGCCGCGCUGUUGACGCAGAUGGACCGCUGGUCCGACUGAAGAACCUGCUGCUUAAUCGCGAGACCCUACUCACCGUAGCGCAAUGGGUCACCGAAUACUGGUACUAUGUAGUUAUAAUAGGCGUGUGCUUUAUCAUUGUGAUGGGCAUAUUCAUUAAGUGUUGCGCUGUGCACACGCCCAGCUCAAAUCCGAAGAAGCGUCGAGCGCGUCGUAUUAGCGAAACGCUGCGCGCACCGAUGAAUACAUUGAGACGGAUGCAACGUCAUCAUCAAGGCCGCGGCGCCGGUCCACGCAGCAUACCACCGCCAGCGCACGAACAACGUGGCGCUUCCACCAGCGCCCAUCAUCGUAGUACGCAUCCCCAUAAUUGGGAUCGUCAUCAGGGUGGACAUUCCAUAGUGCCGCUACCCACGGGUGGUCCACAUCAUAACCAUCAUGCAAGCGGACGCGCGCCAGCAAUUGCAGCCAAUGCUGCUGCAGCAAGCGGGCGGACGCCGGCCAACGGACGCAGCUCGCGGCCAUCAACGCGACCUUCGAGCGGUACACGCAGCACAACGCAUGGCGGGUAUGCAGACGCGCCACCACCUGGCCUUGUGGUUGGUGGUGUGCCAACUGGUGUUGGUGUUGGUAGUGGUGGUGGUAAUGGCGUGCCAAAUGGCGCGCUAGUAGUGGGAGGCGCCGGCAGUAGUGGUGGGCCCAGCGCUGGUGUAAUUGCGCGCCAGCAAAUACCGCUGCCACUGCCGCCCACCGGCGCGGUACAAGCGCAACAUUUACAACAACAGCAGCAACAACAACAAGUGCAGGCAACACUCUCGCAGGCAUUUUAUGCGCCACCGAAAGUACCAGCCGCCAAACGAAAUAAAUCCCGCAAUCCAGCUGCUGGGCGCUCUUCUAAAGAGCCGUCCCAGCGCGCGCAGCAGGCCGCGCCGAAAAGACACCGCAAGGUCGUUUACUGAACCUGCAGUCGUGCUCCUAAUGAUCUCCACUCCAAAACAACUGCUACACACAAUAAUAUAUACCACGUUUUCAUUCUCACCAAAUUGCCGUCGCUCCGCAACCAGCAAAUUAUAAUCGACCGCCAUCGCUGCAAAAUCCAGAGUUAUAUGCGGACGCUUAUGCCGCGCUGGGACGGGGGGCGUAUGAGGCGACUACGCGCCCACCCAACAGCAAAGUUUGACAGCAGCAACAGCAAUCUCAGCGUCAAAAGUUGGCUCCGCAAACGCUCAAGAAGCAGCUAAAAUCAACAGCAACAAAAACCACAGAAGCAACAACAACACAAAAAUCAAAUGAACUCAAAUUAAAUGUAAAUGUCCU